AUGUGGCAGUAUCCAGCGGCUCCAGGUACGAUCGACACUCACGGAAACCUGAUGGUCCCGCUCGGAUGGCUCUCAGCGGAAUGGCAACUUUACGAGCUGAAUGGACAACUGUACGAGCCGGCGAUCGGAGUUUUGAACCGAAUGGAUCGUCCGGUGGAAGCGGUGAGCCGUAUUGGGACCGCCCACGGAAUCAUGGAGUCUAUCGGCGCACCCAACGAACCUGAAGUUGUUCCAAAUGCUCACAAAGUUCCACCAACCAAUGGGUCUACCAAUAGACCGGUCCCUGGAAGUUCAUCGAAACUGGGCAUGAAUGCUCGGAUCCAGAAGAUCAAGGCCUUCAUACGCGAGCAUCGUUUGACGUGCAGAGAAGUCAGCAGAAUGGCAGGUGAGUUGAGAGUCACUACAGUAAUCCUAACGGAUCUCCUCUAAUACUAUUGUAGGCAUUCCGAUGCCUUCCGUGUCCAACUUCAUCGGUGCAACUGUCGCCACAAACGUCUCGACAAUUGAGAGUCUCUGGAAUUGGUACUCAUUCUGCGUGGACAAUCCGACGUCGCUCCGGUCCGUGCCAAACAAUAUCAAAAGAAGUGUGAAAGUGGACGAGGAAAGGACAAUAACAAAGGAGAGACUGAUGGAGGUCGGUCCCGUUGGAUCACCUCUCCACUCAUUUCUUUGCAGAUCCUGGAAGCCCAUGCCCCCACUUCGGCCCGAGGAGACUGUUCAGAGGCAAACGGAUAA